GCCAGUAGCCAGACAACUCUGAAUCGCAGGGCGCUAUAAACAAAUGCGGCAAAAAGGUUCAUCUCUCGCAAAACCCUGCCAUUCCAGGAACAGUCAAGCUCCUAACUAGGGUUUUUCUGCGGUUUAUCUGAUCCGCCACCGCCACUCUCCCGAGAAUGGCCCGCCCAAACGUCAUCCGCCUGGCUCGCGCCGCCCUCUCCGCUCAUCUUCCCCGCGGCUCUUCUUCUUCUGUAAAUGAAUCGCUGUGCAGCGGGGGAUGCAGGGAGUAUAACAUGGCAGCAUGCAAUCAGACGAGGCCUCUGUUCCAUUCGUAUUCGAGUAAUGGAGGGGUUAAUGGAAGAGGUUGGUUGAAAUUUGGACUAUCAAGACCCGAUUUUGGCCGGACAAGAUCCAUUCAUGCCACAGCACACAUGUCAGGCAGAGAUUUUUAUGAUGUACUUGGCAUAAGUAAGAAUGCAACUGCAUCUGAAAUAAAAAAAGCGUAUCUAGGGCUUGCAAAGCAGUUGCAUCCGGAUGUGAAUAAAGAUGAUCCUGAAGCUGCAAAGAAAUUUCAGGAAGUUCAAAAGGCGUAUGAGGUUCUGAAAGAUGAAGAAAAACGCCAGACUUAUGAUCAGCUUGGUCAUGAUGCUUUCAAUAGUGCAGAAGAGAAUGGAGGUGCUGGACCUGGUUUUUCUGGGUUUCCAGGUUUUGAGGAUAUCUUUAAAAAUGCUGAUAUUUUUAACAUGUUUAGACAGAAGAUGGGCGGGGAUGACGUCAAGCUCUCUGUUGAAUUGUCUUUCAUGGAUGCUGUUCAGGGGUGCAGCAAAACUGUUGCAUUCCAAACUGAGUUACCUUGCGGUGCUUGUGGUGGAAGCGGUGUUCCCCCUGGGACAAGACCUGAAACCUGUAGGCGCUGCAAAGGAUCUGGCAUGGUGUUCCAGCAAACUGGUCUUUUCACAGUACAGGCUACCUGUCCACAAUGUAGAGGAUCUGGGAAAAUUGUUUCGAGUUUCUGCAAGACAUGUAAGGGAGGCCGUGUGGUGAGGGGGACAAAAACUGUGAAGUUAGACAUUAUGCCAGGAGUGGACAAUGAUGAGAUUCUGAAAGUAUAUAGAAGUGGUGGAGCAGAUCCUGAUGGCAAUCAACCUGGUGAUCUUUAUGUUACUAUAAAGGUUAGGGAAGAUCCUGUGUUUCGAAGAGAAAGGUCUGACAUCCAUGUAGAUGCCGUUCUGACAAUCACCCAGGCCAUUUUAGGAGGAACAGUCCAAGUUCCUACUCUGACGGGUGAUGUUGUUGUCAAGGUCCGCCCUGGCACCCAACCUGGCCAAAAAGUUGUACUGAAAAAGAAAGGGAUAAAAGCAAGGAAUUCCUAUUCAUUUGGGGACCAGUUUGUGCACUUUAAAGUCAGCAUUCCAAUGAAUUUGACACAAAGGCAGCGCCAGUUGAUCGAGGAGUUUGCCAGAGACGAGCAAGGAGAAGAUGAUAAGGAUGCUGCCGCGGGAGCUUCUAGUUAGUCAAUGAGAAUAUUGCGACAAUGGUGGAUGAGAGCAAUUUUGGAUCAAUUUUCACAAAUAUUGUAACUGUAAUUGUAGUGAAAGUAGCCUAAAGCCUUAUUUAUAACCAUAGCUAGAAUUGCUUUGCUUUUGAGGUAUUGUGGCAUUUGAUCAUCUACGUCGUGUUGUAUAUAUAUAUAUAUAUAUGGAUAUAACACAAAUGUUAUUCUUUAAAGAGAGAAAUUAAACAUUAAUUUUUUUUAUUGAAUUAUGAAUUUUUA